GUGUGUGAGAGAAAGACAGUGGGAAGAAGUAGGUUCCGUUUUUUGGAUUCUGGAUAUGCUGCCUCAUGGGGCCCUUGGGACAAUGCUGAUAGUGGAAUCAAAAGUGGAGAAAGAAAGAGAUGGUGGCAGAAAGAAGUAUAUUAUGAAAAAGGUUGAAUGCAUUGAUGAAAAGCAAGCAAAUGAUGCUCUCCAAGAGGCCAUGGAACUGCUGAAGCUGAAUCAUGAGAACAUCUGCAGCUACAAAGAAUUUUUCAUCAUCUGGGACAACAAGGUGACAAUUUCCUAAGGCUACUAUGGUAUAUAUGCUUACUGGAAAGAUUAAGUUUCCUGAAUUCAAUGAGACUUGCUCCCAAGUAAAUUGCAGCAGCUCUAAACUGGUGAUCCAGGGAUGUGUCGCUUCUGAAUCCAUAUCAGUGUAGUCCAGUGGAUGCCUUUAAAUAACAAAGAUCU